GUUUCCGGCAUUUCCAGAAAACUCCGUUCGGCUGGAAGAAGCCGCGCUCUUCCGGGAAAAUGGCGACUCCCGCUCCCGCACCAGAGUCGCCGCCGGCCGCGGAGCCAGCGCCCGCUGUGGGCCCCGCCGCGGAACCCUGCCCGCCGCGCCAGCCGCAGCCCGUGCACAAUGUUCUCGCUGCCCCGCGGCUUCGAGCCCCCAGCUCCCGAGGACUUGGGGCAGCGGAGUUCGGCGGAGCUGCGGGAGAGGUUGAGGCGCCAGGAGAGACUUUUGCGCAACGAAAAAUUCAUUUGCAAAUUGCCCGACAAAGGUAAAAAGAUCUCGGACACCAUCGCCAAACUGAAAGCUGCCAUUGCAGAACAUGAAGAGGUUAGAGCGAGAAGUGAACUGUUUCAUCCUGUUAGUGUAGACUGUAAGCUAAGGCAAAAAGCAGCCACAAGAGUUGAUACCGACGUAGACAAGGCCCAGAAUUCUGACCUGAUGCUUGAUACUUCAUCAUUAGUUCCUGACUGUUCCUCUGUAGACAAAUCAUCCAGAACAACCUCAGAAACACAAGGACCUGCGCAUCUCACUCCCAGAGGCAAUGAAGAGACUUUGGAGGCUGGCUGCACAGUGAACCCGGGUACAGCUCCUGGCAGCAAAGCCAGGGUACCCUCAUUUGAAGUUAACGAACAUCUCCCCCAACGCCCUGUUUCAAGUCAAGCGGAAGACAUUUCCAGUGGCAUUGACAGUCUGUUUCUCUCUAAGUUGCAAAAGAUCACAAUUGCAGACCAGAGUGAGCCCUCAGAAGAAAACACCAGCACUGAGAACGUGCCAGGGCUCCAUAGUGAGACUCCUAAGAGGCCUCAUUACAUGGAAGUGCUAGAAAUGCGAGCCAAAAACCCCGUGCCCCCUCCUCAUAAGUUUAAGACCAAUGUAUUACCCACUCAACAGAGUGACUCACCAAGUCAUUGUCAGAGGGGUGAAUCUCCUGCUUCCUCAGAAGAGCAGCGACGCAGGGCUAGGCAGCAUCUUGAUGACAUCACAGCAGCACGCCUCCUUCCGCUCCACCACCUACCUGCACAGAUGCUCUCCAUAGAAGAGUCACUGGCCCUGCAGAAAGAACAGAAGCAGAAUUACGAGGAGAUGCAGGCAAAGCUCGCAGCACAGAAACUAGCUGAGAGACUGAAUAUUAAAAUGCAGAGCUACAAUCCAGAAGGGGAGUCUUCAGGGAGAUACCGAGAAGUGAGGGACGAAGAUGAUGCCCAGUCCUCGGAUGAAUUCUGAAGAUGAGCACCGGGCGAACUCUGAACCUGACUGUUGAGCCAUCAUUGCCUCAUAGCAAACUUCCUAACAAGUAUCAAGAUCAGUGUCAGACCUUGUUGAGGGACAACAGUUUUUAAAGUUACACAAAGGUAGCUACAAAUAAGAACCCAGCUUGUCUUUCAGAAGAUGAUCUUCAUGUGCUUGAACAGUUUCAUAUUUGACAUUGUGUUUGACCGUAUUGUAUUACAGUUUUGCAGUAUGUUGUGCAUUGGUCUGAUACAUUAGUGUGAGUAGAGCACACUUUUCUUUAAGAUAGAUGCUCUUUCCUUAUUACUCUUAUCAAAUAGCAUUGCUUAUAUCCCUUCUGGUGAAAUACUUAGUUUUCCCAGGCACCUAAAAUCAGUUAGGAAGACCUGGUUCCCUUUCUGGAGAAAUGAAGGGAGCAAUCUACAGAAUGGUACGCAUGCUUGCAUGGAGUUCCUGAGAUGCUGGUGUGAAAUACUGUGGAAGACACUCAGAUUUUACAACAAUGUUUAUUUGCUGCUCCUGUCUUCUUUUGGGGUGACCGCUAUCUUCCUGUGAUGAAGAUGGAGCACCUUGAGGAGGUGCUGGAUGGGGAGGGUCUUCUGAGCUGGUGUGGGGAGCUGCUCUUGGCUUCCCCCAGCUCCUUGCUGUCUUUGAUGAUAGGUCCAUGUACAGGGCACUCAUGUUUGGUCAGGAAACUGGUGUUUUUCUGAGAGUUGCGGUUGAAUUGUCGUAUAUUGCUUUUUUCCUUUUUAAACCCAAAGAGGUGUUUAUAGGCUGCAGAAACCUCAGUCUCUUGUAUGUACACAUUUGUGUUGUUUAGAAUGAUCAUAUGAUCAUCUCCAGCAAAGAUAACAAUAUGUUAUCAAAAAACCUUUGUCUAUUAUGUGGAACCUGUAAAGGAGAAAUAAAAUACCAAUCAGAGCAACUUCA